ACGCGAUUCUACAACAAUAUCAAUGUCUGAAUAAAAUUAUUGCGGAACUUAUCAUUAGUUUAAUCACCAGCAGCAAUGCCAGACGUAACGUUUUUAUUAAUUGCAUUAUGUUUAUCGUGUGCGGGAUCAGAAGCGGCUAGAAUUCUUGCGUACUUCCCAACACCGUCGAUCAGCCAUCAAGUCGUCUUCAGGCCUCUGAUGCAAGAACUGGCAAAGCGAGGACAUGAAGUGACCGUUGUGACUACAGACCCAGUGUUCACGAAAACUCCAGCUCCUCCAAAUUUAAAGGAAGUGGAUUUACAUGACUUAUCUUACGGGAUAUGGAAAAAAGAAUUUAUACAGAGAUCAACUGAAAAUGACGAUAUUGUGUCACAAAUCAAACUGAUACUCAAAUUGGUUAACGAUAUUAUAGAAAAGCAAUUGCUGAGUUCAGAAGUGAGAAGUGUGAUAGAUGAGAAUAAUAAAUAUGAUCUGGUGAUAGUCGAAGCGCUUGCAAGGCAGUUAACGGUUCUGGCACACUUAUUUAAAGCGCCACUGAUCCAGUUCAGUUCGUUUGCUGGAACGUUUGAUACUUACUCAACUGUUGGUGCACCCAUGCAUGAAUUGCUGUAUCCCUCCGUUGCAAGACAGAAGCUUUUUAAUUUGACUAUGUGGGACAAAGUGACAGAGUUAGCGAAAUUCUACCAGAUGAAAUAUUAUUAUUACGACACCCAACUUCUGGAAGAAGAGAACGCAAUGCUCAAACGUGUAUUCGGCGAUGUCCCUUCUAUUAACGAAUUGAGUAAUAAUGUGGAUCUGCUGUUUUUGAACAUGCAUCCAAUUUGGGAGUGCUCCAGGCCCGUUCCACCGAAUGUCAUACAUAUUCAUGGAAUCCACGAAAAGCCUCAAAGGGAUCUGCCAAACGAACUCAAAACGUACCUAGAUUCCUCAAAACAUGGAGUCAUCUACAUAAGCUUCGGGACCAACGUAAAACCAUCGCUGCUACCCCCUGAGAAGAUUAAAAUCAUGGUAAACGUCAUGUCCAAGUUGAAAUACGAUGUUCUAUGGAAAUGGGACAAGGAAGAUAUGGAGGGCAAGUCUGACAACAUCAAGCUGGCUAAAUGGCUGCCUCAAUCGGAUCUUCUGAGACAUCCAAACAUCAAAUUGUUCAUAACUCAAGGAGGUCUCCAGUCUACCGAUGAAGCCAUUAACGCUGGAGUACCCCUCAUUGGUAUACCCAUGCUUGCAGACCAGUGGUACAACGUCGAGAAUUAUGUUCACCAUAAGAUUGGCUUGAGAAUUAAUAUGGAUACCAUGACUGAAGAGAGUUUAAGAGAGACUGUGAAAAAAGUUACUGAAGAUCAAAGCUACCGCCAAAACAUAGUUCGUCUCCGUUCCUUGAUGAAGGACCAGACCGACACGCCUUUAGAACGUGCUGUAUGGUGGACAGAAUACGUAUUACGUCACUCAGGCGCACGUCACCUCCGCUCACCUUCAGCUAACAUGCCGUGGCACCAGUAUUUUGAAUUGGAACUUAUUUGUACUGUAUUAGGAGUGGUAUUUGUAUGUUUAAUUAUUGUUGUAAUAGCUUUAGUAAAGGUAGUUAAGGGUUUAAAGAGAUUGUUAGGGUUACAAGUGAAAGUUAAACGCAGUUGAUGUUUGCUUGCUCCAGCUAAAAAUAGAUAAUUUUUUUACAUUAUAAUGUCGCAGGAGAUAAGAUUAACCUCUAUUUUUUGAUUAUUGUUCA